CUGUUUCACUACAUAACCCUAGGAUUAUGCUCAAAACGCAUUACAUUAAGCAGACUAGAUCUAGGGUUGAAAGGAAGCUACCAGAUUUUGAAGCACAAGGAAUGAGAAGUUCAGCGGUUGCGCCGGAGAAAGACGCCUGCCAAAUCGAGCAUCGGAGAUCCAGAAUCGCCAACAUCGAAUAUGUCCUCCAGGCACACACUAGUUGGCUCCACCAAAGGGUCGAUCGGAGUCUGAAACAUGGAUCCAAGGUCCCCAGUGCUAGAUCAAGUCGAAAAGUCAUCAAGGUUAACCAAAUUUUUUGGAUCGAAUGUCAGAUUUGCGCUAUUGGAGAACUGUCCCACAAAGAGAACGUCGGCUGGCCCCUUCGAUCGGAUGAUGAUGGCAUGAACAGCGAGAAGGAGAAAGGGAAAGGAUACGAGAGAGAAGAGAGAAAAGGGAAAUGAAUUUUGGCGAAGGUUGGAGUCGAACUAGAUUUGGGAGAGGGAAAUAUUUAGGUUUAGCUGGGGAGGGAAACUCUGAAUGUAUAGAAGGAAAAUUGGGGAAAAUGUGGAGGGAAGUGAAAAUAAGGACAGCCGGCUAAA